UGGACAACUGAUUGUAUGGCGGACAAUUUCUGAGCAGGCCCAUAAUGCUUGUCGUCUGCUCUUUUAACUAGGAUUGUUUUACCACGAAUUAUCUGCAAGCGAUGCUGAUCUUUGAGUUGCAUCACAUCUGUUAAGAGUAUGUGAGGAUGGUACUUGAAUGUAUGAAGAUGUCUCCAUGUGUAAGUGUAGGUACCGAGAAAUAGAAGGGCAGUUCCCAAAUAGCAGCCUGCAUGAUUUGCUUCUGUCUGAACUUGACAACAUCAAGGGGAGAUUUUUAAGCUGUACUAUUUAUCUAAUUCUUGUUUUGUAUUUCAAGGUUCUCAAGCGGGACAUUCCAUGGGAGACAUAUAUGUCAACUAAGCUGAUCACUUCAACAUGCCUUCAGCUUUUGAGGCGUUAUGACCACAAACCAGAAAGUCAGAGAGGUCCCUUGCUUGAUGAGGAGGAUGACGAUGCUGCCAUAAACGUGUCUAUGAUUGAAUCACGUGCAUCCCAGCUCCAAUCUUUUGCCCUCAAUGAUUUUGUUGCUUAUGCAUAGCUUCUGAAGGUCAAUGUAGCCAGUGAGUAUGCCCUUGAAAUCAAAGUCCCUCAUAUUAGCAUCAUUGAAGGUUGAUCCUGA